UAAGCCAGGGUGGAGACACUGACACCAGACACCUGUAAUAUAUUCACUAAUUCAGUGGCCACCGACACAGCACUGACUUCCCCACAGGACUGGAUCUUAUUUGGGGAGCCCUAAGGCAAAGCAAGCAGCAGCUACCUUCUGCAACCAGAGGCAUCAGUGAGCAGCCAGAGCACAAAAUCUGCCGGGCAGAUGGAGGCUGAAUCAAUCACACAGGAAACAAGAACCAUGAAAAAGAAUGCAGUGCUUGUGAAUGGUGUUGUGUUGAAUGGACCAAUCAUAGAUAACAGCUCCGGAGAAAAAUUUGUUGAAGACAUUUAUAGGAUGCUAAUGAAUGAAGUGGUGCACAAAGCAACUAAUGUUAUGGAAAAGGUUUGUGAAUGGCAAGACCCUGAACAACUUAAGAAAUUAUUGGAUCUACAAAUAAGAGACAAUGGGGAACCCCAUCAGAAGUUAUUGCAACUAUGCCAAAAUGCUAUAAAAUACAGUGUCAAAACAAGCCAUCCAAGAUUCUUCAAUCAGUUAUAUGCCGGCAUGGAUCAUUAUUCCUUAGCUGCUCGCUUCAUUACAGAAGCACUGAACCCAAGUGUAUAUACUUAUGAAGUAUCUCCUGUUUUUAUACUAAUUGAGGAAGCCGUUCUGACGAAAAUGAUUGAAUUUCUAGGCUGGAAGGAAGGUGAUGGGAUAUUUAGUCCUGGUGGCUCAGUAUCCAAUAUGUAUGCUGUAAAUCUUGCCAGGUACAACUAUUGUCCAGACAUAAAAGAGAAUGGACUCUCAAGGGCUCCACGGCUCAUCAUGUUUACUUCAGAAGAGUGCCACUAUUCCCUGAAGAAGGCAGCUGCUUUCCUUGGCAUCGGCACACACAAUGUGUAUUUUGUUAAAGCUGACAGUCGAGGAAAGAUGAUUCCAGAGGAUCUGGAGAAGCAGGUGCAGCGGGCAAUAGAAGAGGGAGGCGUGCCUUUUUUUGUCAGUGCAACAGCCGGCACCACUGUAUUAGGAGCAUUUGAUCCACUGGAUGAUAUUGCUGACAUAUGUGAAAAGCAUAAACUGUGGUUUCAUGUGGAUGCAUCUUGGGGAGGUUCGGCUUUAAUGUCUCGAAAGCAUGGUAAACUUUUGCACGGUAUCCAUAGAGCGGAUUCCGUGGCAUGGAACCCACAUAAAAUGUUGAUGGCUGGGAUCCAGUGUUGUGCCCUGCUGGUGAAAGACAAUUCAGGUCUUCUUAAAAGGUGUCAUUCAGCAGAGGCUUCCUAUCUAUUCCAGCAGGAUAAAUUCUAUGAUGUGCGUUAUGAUACUGGAGACAAAUCUAUUCAGUGCAGUAGACGAGCAGAUGCCUUCAAAUUCUGGGUGAUGUGGAAGGCUUUGGGGACCACAGGUCUUGAAGAAAGGGUAAAUCGUGCCCUUGCGUUGUCAAGAUAUCUAGCAAAUGAAAUUAAAAAGAGAGACGGGUUUGAACUUCUUUGGGAGCCAGAGUAUGCAAAUAUCUGCUUUUGGUACAUUCCAGCGAGCUUAAGGAACAUGGAAAAAGGACCAGAAUACUGGCAAAAACUCAGCCAGGUUGCACCUGCAAUCAAGGAACGGAUGAUGAAAAAGGGCAGUAUGAUGUUAGGAUAUCAACCUCAUCGUGAUAAAGUUAACUUUUUCCGUCAGAUCGUCAUCAGCCCUCAAGUGAGCCGUGAAGAUAUGGACUUUGUUUUGGAUGAGAUUGAGUUACUUGGAAGUGACUUAUAGCUGUGGCUCAGCAGCAGAAUUUGCUGCUAGAGCACAUCUUCUGGAAUAAAAUGUUGCAGUUUUAGCAUUAAA